CGGAAACCAGGGACAGAGGGGCAGAGAAGACAAGAUGGCGGAGUGAAUGGGCUGCGCCGUACUUUUUGCAGCGACCCUUUACUUCACAGCGUACGAUCGAAGGACAAAAUAAUAAAAACCGGAUACAUCAUCGGAGAGGAAGUAAAGGGGCGAGGAGAAGGAGUAUAUUUUUGUACUCUGGCCGAUCGACGACAGCGUUAGCUCAAUGCUAACACCAGCUAGCACUGCUCAGAUUAGCCUCUGCGCCGAGCUGCUUUUGGGUGGUUUCUGUGGGCCUCAGCUUGGGCCGACCCGGGGCUUGGCUUAUUUAUUAUAAAACGUAGGUAACUGGUUAAUAUGUACAGCAACAAUAAUAAGUAACGACACGACAUAAGCAGUUGUUGAUCAGGCUGGGUUCUUCGCCUUGGCCCUAAGUGUCCGUCUGUCACCAGGUUUGGAGUUUGUUCCACACGUUCUAUGUUUGACCGACACUUGGGAUCGAUUGAGAAACAUUUUGUAUCGUGAAAUCGGUGGAGAUUGACAUUAUCAGGGAACAGUAUGGCGAGUAGCAGUGGUUCUAAAGCCGAGUUCAUCGUCGGUGGUAAAUACAAGCUCGUAAGAAAAAUCGGAUCGGGAUCUUUCGGUGACAUAUAUCUGGCCAUCAACAUCACAAAUGGAGAGGAGGUAGCAGUAAAAUUGGAAUCACAGAAAGCCAGGCAUCCACAGUUGCUAUAUGAAAGCAAACUGUACAAAAUCUUACAAGGAGGUGUUGGGAUCCCACACAUAAGGUGGUAUGGCCAGGAGAAGGACUACAAUGUUCUAGUCAUGGACCUACUGGGACCCAGUCUGGAGGACCUAUUCAACUUUUGCUCUCGACGCUUUACCAUGAAGACAGUUCUUAUGCUGGCAGACCAGAUGAUCAGCAGAAUCGAGUAUGUGCACACAAAAAACUUCAUCCACAGAGAUAUUAAACCAGACAACUUUCUCAUGGGCAUCGGCCGUCACUGUAACAAGUUAUUCCUUAUCGACUUUGGCUUGGCAAAGAAGUACAGAGAUAACCGGACGCGGCAGCACAUCCCAUACAGAGAAGACAAGAAUCUGACCGGCACAGCUCGUUAUGCCUCCAUCAAUGCACAUCUGGGCAUCGAGCAGAGCCGGCGCGAUGACAUGGAGUCUCUAGGAUAUGUACUCAUGUACUUUAACAGAACCAGCCUGCCCUGGCAAGGACUUAAGGCUGCCACAAAGAAGCAGAAGUAUGAGAAGAUCUCAGAGAAGAAGAUGUCCACACCCGUUGAGGUUCUGUGUAAGGGCUUCCCCGCAGAGUUUGCCAUGUAUCUGAACUACUGCCGUGGACUGCGCUUCGAAGAGGCCCCUGACUAUAUGUACCUGCGCCAACUCUUCCGCAUUCUCUUCAGGACUCUGAACCAUCAGUAUGACUACACGUUUGACUGGACCAUGCUGAAACAGAAAGCUGCCCAGCAGGGGGCCUCCUCAGGGGGCCAGGGCCAGCAGGCACAAACUCCCACAGGCAAGCAAACUGACAAACCCAAGCCUAACAUGAAAGGUUUUUAGCUCCACAGAGGCGGCACCAUGACCAAUGCACCCUUCUUCUGGACAAGCAACCAACAGAAAGUCUGUGUCUCUCCUUCCAUAUUAACUAUCUAUGUAACGGAAAUGUAUAGAUCUACAGACACCUGUCCGCUGUCUCAUCUAUAUAUUCAUAUGUAUAUAAUAAAUCUCUCCAGUCCAGACUGCACACGUGUAGGCAGCCGCUGGACGUGGACUGUAGCCCUGCCCCCAUCUGUUCUUCCGCCUGUUUCUGUCCUGUCAUUGUAGACUUUUGUAAGGUUUAUUUGAACCUCUAAUAAGAUAGUUGGCUGUUUUUGUUGGGGUUAUUUUUAUUAUUAUUUUUGGGAAGGUGAAAACCAGAAAUGUUUUGCUCUCUCCUAAUUUUACUUUUAUCAAGCAAAUGUAAAAGAUGUAAAACUUUGAACUGGUUUUCCUUGUUGAGAUGAUUCAGCCCUGGAUGAAAUUUGAGAGUUUAAAAAAAUCACAUGUUGGACUUUUUUCUUUUUGUUUUGUGCUGAUUAGGAGUUUGCCUGUUGAUGAACAGUGGUCGAGGUAGAAUGAAGCUCUGGCUCUCUCCCUUUCUAUUUAGAGUUCUGGAUUACUAUUAAAUCUGUUGUAAACCUAUGGACUUCUCCAAAAAAUCCAAAUAAAAACAUUAUACAAGCCA